AUGCCGUCGGAGGAUUCGAAGCCAGUGAAGCAGGAAUCGGAGGACGACGAGAGGAGUCUGAGCUCCAUGGUCCUUGCUCGGCGGAAGAAUCCGACGAAUGCAGGUACGGUAACCCCCAAACCUCGUCCCAAGCCGGCGAAAGUGAAAAAGGAGUCAUCCGAAGACGAGGACGACAGCGAUGAAGAUUUCGAUGGAGUUGUUAAGCCAAAGAAGGGUUCUUCUCAGGUUCGGUCGAAGUCAGCCGCCAAAUUGAAGAAGGAAGAGGACGACGACGAGAAGCCCAUUGCGAGAAGGAGUUCCGCCUCGAAACCUGCUAAGGAUUCGAGCGUGAAGAAGCAGAAGAAGACUGAAGUAGUGAAGGGUAAAGGAAGCGCGGGGACUCAGCAGAAUGGGACGAAGAAGGAGAAGAAGGUUUAUAGUUUGCCUGGCCAGAAGCGAGAUCCUCCCGAGGAGAGAGACCCACUGAGGAUUUUCUAUGAAACUCUGUAUAAGCAGAUUCCCAACAGUGAAAUGGCACAAGUCUGGAUGAUGGAAUCGGGAUUGCUUCCUAAAGACAAGGCACAAAAGGUGUUGGAUAUGAAGCUCAAGAAGAAGAACCAGAAGUUUGCAUCUCCAAUGAAAAAAGGCACUCCCACCACCACCACCACCACAAAGAAAUCCAACGGUGCAACUGAUACAAAGAAGAAGCCAUCUCCAUCUCCAGUAUCUACAUCUGCCAAAGGCAAGACUGCUCCUUCCAAGGUUACCGCAAAAGAUUCUAAUAAGAAGCGCAAGGCUAGCAGCGAUAGCGAUAAUGACUCUGACGAUGACUUUGUGGUGAAUGUCAUGUCGAAGAGACAGCGGGCAUCAUGA